GGCCACGGGCCGACACCACAGGAGAGCACAGCACAGCACGACACGAGAGAAGCGACGGACGCCGCGCAGGCCGCCAUGUCCGCCCGGAGCACGCUGGUGGCGACCCUGCCGCUGCUGGUGCUGGCGGCCCAUUCUCUGCCCAUAGUGGACCCAGGCCUGUUCGUGAUCAUGGGGGUGAGUACGUGCGGCAACGGGUCAGGCUACUGUCUGCUGGGGCUGGACUGCACGCUGGACGACGACUUCGUGGCGGACACGAGCGGCGGCCACUGCCGCGGGCUGCUCACCGCGUUCACACCCAGCGCGCACUUCGUCUGCUGCCGCUACACCAUGGACCCCGCCGUCGAAGACGCAGACUCUGCGGACGACGGAAACGCCACCGACGUCACGGACCAGACCGAAGCCUCGGCCACCGUCAGCAUCACUACCCUGUCACCGCACAUUACGCCGGACGUAAUGAGUGAAGUCGCGAAAGGCAACCGCUCGAGCACAGUGGCCACUAGCAGUAAAAUCGAAGAAAAUUUGAUUGCGGCCAAUAAUAAAGCCAAUAUCCCGGGAAUCAAUUUCUUUGUAGAACCUGAAACCAGGCGAGACCAAGAGCAACGCAUCCAGAAUCCAGAUACGUUCUCUGCCGAUCAAGGAAGUCGUAUAAAUGAGUUUGUCGAGUACUUCAACACUUUCCUCGAGAAAAAUACCUAUCAGUACGACCCUGUGGAUGAAUACACCCAAGAGAUGACGACUGUCGAUCACAAGCCCUUCGUUUCUGAGAAACAUACCAAUGUUGCACAUCCGUAUUUUGAAAUAAGUUCCAGGCCCGAUUACGUGGAUCACAACAAAAACAACAAUGAACAACCGGCACCGAGGCCUAUGGUGCAUCCAUGCUGGAUGGUAUUUUUACAGGAUAUACGAAGUUCAAAUAUAAUAUGUGCAGGAGCAGUAAUAGCUAAUAAUGUAGUACUGACAACAGCAACCUGUGCAACAAGGUUGCUUGCAACAGGCAUCAGCUAUGUGGGGCUAAUAGGAAUCAAUAAACAAAUAAGAAGUGUGUCCAUUCAUGAAGAUUUCAUUACUUCCAGAAAUCAACAACUCAAAAAUAAUAUUGGUUUACUGAAACUCUCAACAGGCAAGGCACAAAUGAAAGAGUGCAUCUUACCCAUAAGUGAUCUGAGAACUGAUGUCAAUUCAAGCAUUUGUGGGACCUUCCUUACAAGCUAUAAUUAUGGUGCCGUUCACACUGAAAUGUGUAGCAGGGUAGUGGAGAUAGAACGAGGGAUCAACCACACCUUUCACGUUAAAUGUGAAAGAUCACCUGAUGGUGAUGAGCAGGUUCUAGCAGGCAGUCCUUUAAUAUGUGAAGGUAUUCUGUCUGGAAUUGCAGUGCACUCUGAAGGGGAAGAUGUCCACUUUGUUGCAGUAACUCCAUAUGCGAUGUGGAUACUACAAAACACUUGAUGCGUAUUUUGGAUGCUAUUAUGUUAUUGCUAUUUCUGUGAUACUAUUUCCAUUCCAUUUUAUUUUGUAAAUAUUUCUGUUAUUCAUGUUAUUGCUGAUAAAAACGAUUACUACUGUACUCUCUUGUGAUUGAAUAUUGUGACCAAACAUGUUUGUGGUGCUUAAAGAUGUACAAUAAAACAAUAACUUAAUAUUAUCUGCAUAACCAA